GAAUUUUCUAAUCCAUUUUGAUGAGAUGGUAAUUUGAUUGUUCUUGUUUCCUGCCUUCAUACCCUGUGUGGAUCCAUGAAAUUAAUCUUGUCCGCCAUAUUGGCAAGCUUUCAUAAAGUUAAACUCUCUAUUGUUGCUAAUCUCUACAUUCUUGAUACUUGGAAACUGCUUAAAACUCUUGAAAUCCAUCUUGAAUCUUUCUUGAGAUUGCUUUAUACUUGUUCUUGAAACUAAAAUCCAAAGGAAAUGGAUAAUGAUUAUUGAAAUCCUCAUUAUCUUGAUACUUAUCUGAAAUUAAUUCUUGAACUGUUCUUGGAAUCUUAUCUCGAACCUUGCCUAGAGUAAAGUCAUAUUAGCAUCCUUUUCUUGAAAAUCAAUUGAUAGUUGGUUUUUGGAAUCUAUUUUGAAUUGUCCUUGAAAACCAUUCUUGUUCUGACCCUUGCUCUUGUUCAAAUUCUGUAUAUUGCUCUUGCUCAAAUCUGCAUAUUCUGCUAGUUCUUGUUUUAGUAUACCUGUUGAUCUUCUGGAUUUUUUAUUUUUUGUUCAUAUGUACACCCCUUUAGGAGGGGUGAUAAUUAUGAGAAAAUACUUAUAUGAGGCAUCCUCAUUCUUGUCUCUUACAAGUGUUAAUUCCUGUAUUCUUAAUGUCUUAGCUUUGACUUGACUCUAGGAUGUCUAGGAUGACUUGAUUAUAAAUCUGCUUAGCCUCCAUGGGCUACGAGGGCUUAAUAACCGAAAUUUCAAAGUUUAGCGACUUAAAAGAGAAAAAUUGGAUAAGAGUCAGUUACUUUUUCUUUUUCUUUUUUUCUUCCUUUGUUCCUCAGCUCAUGUGCUUCAACUCUUCCCGACCUCGCUGCAACCUGAAACAAAAAAAAAAAAAGGAACCAAGCUGCUGACAACAAUUUUCUUGAGGAAACCGGUAGAAAGCUUGGAUAUUUCUCCUUUUCUUGUUCUAGGACUGAAAUUGAACCCAAAAUUCUUCCCCCCGCAAAGAAAUUUUCUGAUCUGCU